UUUAAAUCGUUCCUAGCAACACCAGUGAGGGUUCAGACAGAAACUCAACCUGGGAAUAGAAUUGACCAUGGGAGAGAGGAUGCAAGAGAGUCUGUUGCACGUUGAUCAAGACCGAUCAAACCCAAGCGCGUCGGGAAUCGAAGAUGGAUGCCAUGGGAACGUGGACAAGAGUCGCAGGAGUGCAAGUCCCUGAGCGGAAGUAAAAAGGGGGAAAAAAGGACUAGGGAGGCAGUUUUUCCGAAGUACUGAGAAUAUUGAGGCCUGAAGCGGUAGGUUGGGAGGAACACUGAUCCUGUAAAACAGAGAGCGAUGCAUCACCACGAGCCACGAGGAACAGUCCAGGAUGAGGGAGCGUUUCGAUUGAUGAAGCCGCAUCCCACCACCAGCACCACCCGCAUCAGCAGCAGCACAUGAUCGAAUCAGGGAUCGCUCCCGCUUCCGGCGCGCCCCUAGGCCCGCAAUCCCAACCAGAAUAGCCUCGUUCCGCUCCCUAUCGAGGUGACGGGCACACCAGAACCCCGAACUUGCUCGUCCAGACCGGACCCACAUCACACCGGAGGAAUUUAUCAGGGCUGAGGAUUGGGUGUAAGAUGCAGGCUGGAAUAGUAACACCCAUGGAAGGAUGGACUCCUUCAUCUCUUCCCUCCUUUACAUGAUGCGAACUCCUCCGCGUUCUUCUGGUCUUUUUUGAUGAUUAGCGACAGAGCGUGUGUGUGUGUGUGUGUGGAUGCGUGUAACGUGAUUUGAACAAGAGCUUGAGCGAGAGUGUUGGGUGUCUGAGGGAAUCUGUGUUGCAGCGGUCGGCAGCACAGCUAUGCGCCUCACGGACCUUAGGGAGAGUUUUGAUAUCAUCCAGCGUACAUGGACGCACCACGACGCGUCACACGCGCUUCUUCAGCCCAGAAACUGCAAGAGCAGCGACACAAUGCGACCCUGCAAGAGCCAGCGGUGGCAAUGGACGAGGAUGUCGGCGGGCUCAUGACGAUCAAGUGGCCGAAAAAUGGCGCCCUGACGUUGGAGUGGGUGCAGGAGCUGGGCAAGACGCUAGACUUCGCCUCGCGCAACUUGCUACCCUCCGAGCUGCCUAAUGUGCUGCCUGUUGCAGUCAUUGAUGCGCUGCUGGUGGCAGUUCACAAGCUUUUUCAUCGGGAACCAAACUGCGUGGAAGUACCGGUAGGGCCUUCAUGCAAAGCAGUGCUCGUAGGGGAUGUUCACGGUCAAUUUCACGACGUCUUACACCUCCUUGAAAUCGCUGGUCCUCCUUCUUCAAAUCGUAUAUUUGUAUUCAAUGGUGAUUACGUGGACAGAGGUGCCUGGGGCUUUGAGACCUACUUCUAUCUCCUCGCAUGGAAGCUUUUAUUACCACACCGCGUAUUCUUGUUGCGGGGAAACCAUGAGACCAAGUUUUGUACCAGUGCAUACGGAUUUGAGCAAGAAGUUACAUCGAAGUUUGGCGACCGAUCCAAACAUGUGUACCGCAAGAUGCUGGGGUGCUUCGAAGGGCACCCUCUCGCCGCCCGAGUGGCUGGGUGUGUGUACAUGGCCCAUGGUGGGUUGUUUCGGCAGGUUGAGAAAGAACCCUCCAAGAAAAGCAAAGGCAAAACCUACAGAGGUAUUUUCUCGUUUUCUUGUCUGAACAACGUCGAUGGUGGCGACAGGCGGUUGCUAUCAGGGCGAAAUGCUGAAAAGCCUUUAAAACUUGGUACAUUAGAUGACUUAGCAAAAGCAAGGCGGAUGGUUCUGGACCCUUCAGGUUUUGGAACAAAUGUGAUUCCUGGGGACGUGCUGUGGUCAGACCCUUCGCCUGAGAAUGGCCUCUCCCACAACGAUUCUCGUGGCAUAGGUCUUCUGUUCGGACCCGACUGCACCCAAGAAUUUAUGGAAAAACACAAGCUCAAGUUGAUAGUAAGGUCUCACGAGGGUCCAGACGCCAGGGACAAAAGGCCAGAGAUGGAUGCUAUGAACAAGGGAUACACCAUUGAUCACGUGGUGAAGGCCGGGAAGCUCAUCACUCUAUUUAGCGCCCCUGAUUAUCCUCAGUUCCAGGCUUCUGCGAAUCGAUACAAUAAUAAGGGUGCUUACAUUGUGCUGGAAGCACCGGAUUUUUCUGUACCUCAUUUUUUCGAGUUUGAAGCUGUUCAACCCCGUCCUAAGGUGUCACCCUAUUAUGACUUCGUGAACUCGAUCGAUUCAGAUGAAGAGCUCGACCUUGGUUCUGGGUCAGGGUCAGAAGGUUCAUGCGGCAGCGUCAGUGAUAAAGAAACAUAACAUUUAUGGAAUUCCUGUAAUGGUUAGAAUAGGUCAUUCCAAUUCUUUACUUCCUGUUUUGAUGAUUCACAAAAGCAAAACCAUACCCCCAAUCAGGAUUAGUGUUAGAGAAAUACCGAAUGGUUUCUAAACAAGUGAUCUGAGACAUUCAAAAGAUCAUCUCAUGUCAAUCCUAUCAACUUUGUUUGUCUCCUACAUCGUAAUACAACUUUCUCAAUAGAUUCUUGCAAGACAAUCAA